GUCGGUUUUUUUUAUAUACAAUCUUUUUGAGGGGCAAACCUCCAGACGAUAAUCACACAGUCUGAUAAAGUCUUGCGUGAGGAUUACAUCUAACUAAGAAGAACCAAGGUCUGAUUAAUAAACUAGGUUUCAUCGGCAUUCCACAACCUGAUCUCUUGAGACCAAGUUCCAUUACAAAGUCAAGAAAAGACAAGAACAACCAGACACAAAAUGUUCCUCGCCUCUCUCCCCCCCGACACUCCCUUCACCCUCACCGUCAUUGGCACACAACCCCACACGCCCCCGGCCCUCCGCGCAACCCUAACCUCUCUCCUCGACGCCGCCAAAGCAAACCACCUCCUCGCCCACACCGAAACCCUCACCCAGCACCCAGACUCUAAUUCCAACUCCUCCCCCUCCGAACUCCACCUCACCUACUGGCCACCCCUUCCUACCAAGCAUG